AUGAAUUCGCUUAACAUUCCUCAUGGUCAUGAAAAUGAAAUGAAAAGAAUAUCAGGAGAUGUAAAGGAAGAAUUCACAUCUCAAAACAGCCCAGACAGAGUGAUCUGUGAGUUAAGAACAGAGCUAGAGAAAUUGCAGGCUGAAAAUACGUUGGAGUGGGGCAAGAGAGAAAUGCUUGAGACAGAAAAACAAGGACUGGAGAGAGAAAACAGACGGCUAAAGAUUCAGGUGAAAGAAAUGGAAGAGCUCCUGGAUAGGAAAAAUAGAUUAAAUGCCAACUCUCAAGGUCCUGAUGUCAAGAUAUCACAAACUGAACUGCAAGAAAAGAACAAG